AUGACACAAAAAUCAAUAAUAAUUCCAUUGAGUUCAGAAUCAGUCAUUCUGCAUAUUUAUUCAAUUUCAGAAAGUAUUAAUCGUGUUUCUCUUCUGUUUGGUGUUGGUCUUUAUCAUACAGCUGUUGAAGUUUAUGGUCGAGAAUAUUCAUUUAUUGGUCAUCCAUUUAAAUUUACUGGUAUUAUUACAACAAUUCCAAAAACAGCUGCUUAUAUCUAUCAAGAAGGACUUGAUAUAGGAAGAACAAAUAUGACUAAAGAUGAAGUUGAUAAUUAUUUAAAAGAAUUAGGAACAAUAUUUACUGGUAGUUCUUAUCAUCUUUUACGUAAUAAUUGUAAUCAUUUUGCUAAUAAAUUCAUUAAUGGUCUUUGUAAUGGUAAAUUACCGACGUAUAUUAAUCGAGCAGCUAAUUCUGUUUGUUGUUUAUCAUUUCUUGAUACAAUGUUUAAUGUUAAAAUAGAUUCUGAAAGAUUUUUUGUUGAAGUACUCUAUUUAACAUUGAAUGGAGAUAUAAAUUGUGUUAUGGAUAUACUUGAUAUUGAUCAACAAACAAAUCUUUUACGUUAUGCAUCUUAUAUAGAAGCUUCUUUUAAUGAUUAUUCUAUACCAAAAUGUUUUCCUUAUUAUCCAAUAAUCAAAAAUUAUAAUCCAUUUACACUAUCAAAAGAUAUUGUUGAACUUAUUAAAGAAAAUUUAUGUCCAAAUUUUAUUUUUACUCAAUCGAAAAAUGUCUAUGAUUUUGCUUUCGAUCUAUAUAAUAAAUUGCAAGCAAGAAAAUUACAACAUACUAUUCUAACUGAUUGUAAUGGGGUGGUAAUACCAGAAAUAAGCAUUUAUUAUUCAACGGAUAUUUAUCAUUAUUUAAAUCAAUGUCAAAAAAUAGUUAUUGAAACAAUUGAACGAUUUAUAUCUGAACAUACAUUUGACAAUGAUGAGAUUUUUGUUUGA